UGGAUUAAUUAGAAGCAGCUAAUUAAGAAACAAUGACCUCCACCACCAACUGUGUUCACGUACUCUCCUUAUUUGUUAUAGUAACCAUUUCAAUGUUUACUGUUACUAUAGCUAACAAGGACUGGCCUUCCUUUGGCAACUUUAACUACACUGAUUGGUGGUCUAGAUUUGGAAACCAUAAUCAUCAAAUAAAUAAGACUGAGCAAGAAUCCAAGAACAUCAACGUUGGUGGCUCUCAAAAUUGGCAAUUUGGCUAUAACUACUCUGAUUGGGCUAUCAAAAGUGGCCCUUUCUACCUCAAUGAUACUCUCGUUUUCAAGUAUGAUGCUCCAAAUGCAACUACUUUCCCACAUAGCGUUUAUAUAUAUUCAAGUUGGAGAAGCUUCGUGAAGUGUGAUGUUAAGAAGGCUAAGAUGGUUGCCAAUCACACACAAGGUGUCGGAGAGGGAUUCAAGUUCGUGUUAAACAAAUGGAAGCCUUAUUACUUUUCAUGCGGUGAGAAAAAUGGAUUACAUUGCAACAUUGGACAAAUGAAGUUUUCUAUUAUGCCAAUGAUGCGUCCCUUCUGGCCAUCAUCACCUUGAGAAAAGUGGAAUCUCGCAUGCAGCUUGAGUUUUCUGAUUUUUUCGGUUUUAUUUUUAAUAUACUACGUUCAAACAAAGUAAAAUAAAGUGACAAUUCUUAUUCUAUUUGCACUUAUCAAAAUAUAUGUUGUUGAAUGAAUUCCAAAAGUUAAUACAUUUG